CUAGAUAUGGUCCGGAAAAAGAAUCCCCCUCUAAGAAACGUUGCAAGCGAAGGUGAAGCACAGAUAAUUGAGUCUGCUGCACCAGAGCAAGAAGAUCUUUUAAGGAACUCAGAAUUUCCCACUGAUCCGAUGCAAGAAAAUAGUGAACAGUCUAAUUCUGUGGAACAUAACAGUGAAGAUCAAAAUUUCCAUGACCAAGAACCUUCUUCAAGCUUUAAAAAAGACUGUGAGGUUUUGGGAACUAAUGAGAGAGGUGUGCUCAACUACAGCCACCUCAAGGGCAGAAACCUUACCUACAAUGAGGUGACGGAGAGGAAUAUGUUGACUUUGUCCUCUUUAGAUCCAAGGGCUUCCUCAGAGCCCUUAAAAUCACCCCUAUCGACUGAAAGUGAUGACACUCAAGAAUUAGUCUCGGCUCCACUUGGAGAUACCUCAGAGACCAGAGAAGAAAAUGAUUUGUCACCAAGGGCUGCAGACCUCACGGUGCAAAAUGUUACAGUAGACUGUCAGAACUCUAGUCCAGCCUCGGUGGCCUCUGAAAACCUAAAAGUGCCUUUAGAUGGAAGUUCAGGGCUGAACAAAUCCCAAGCUGUUGUGUUGGUCAGUGACAAUUCUGAGUUGGCACCUUUGUCCCCAGAGCUUCAGGAUUUCAAAUGCAACAUUUGUGGCUAUGGAUACUAUGGGAAUGAUCCCACAGACUUGAUCAAACAUUUUCGCAAAUACCAUCUUGGCCUACACAACCGUACCAGGCAAGACGUUGAACUUGACACCAAAAUUUUGGCACUUCAUAAUAUGGUACAGUUCAGCCAAUCCAAAGAUUUCCACAAGGUGAAUCGUUCUGUGCUUUCAGGUGUCUUACAGGACAUGAACUCUCAAAGGCCCGUUUUGUUUAAUGGAACAUAUGAUGUGCAGGUUACCUUUGGUGGUACCUUCAUCGGCAUUGGGCGUAAAACUCCAGAUUGCCAAGGAAACACAAAGUACUUCCGCUGCAAAUUCUGCAACUUCACGUACAUGGGCAACUCUUCAACCGAGCUGGAGCAGCACUUUCUAAAGACGCAUCCUAACAAAAUGAAAGUGUCCUCUGAUUCUGGUAAACCAUCUGAGAAACCUGCCAAUAAAUCCAGCCCCAUCCCACGUUCUUGUGAGCCUGGAGAUAUGGGAAAGUGGCAAGACAAAAUCACUGUUAAAGCAGCAGAUGAUAUGCCAGUUGGAUAUUCAGUGCCAAUUAAGCCUGUAGAUUCUUCCAUGCAGAAUGGGAACGAUGACACCAACUACUACUGGUGCAAGUUCUGUAGUUUCAGCUGUGAAUCUUCCAGCAGUGCCAAACUUUUAGAACAUCACAGCCAACAGCAUGGGGGAGGGGUGCCAGAGAGCCCAAAUUCGGAUCCCAAUGACAAGAUCUUCAGGAGAUCAGUCAUUAAUCAAAAUGAAAUUGCCAAAAAUUCUGAUGAAUCACUCUCAGCAAAAGUAGAGAAAGGAUUGGCCAAAAAGAAAGAUCUCUCAAAUAAACCAGCUGAGGAUUUAGUAGUCACCAGCUACAAUUGUCAGUUCUGUGACUUUAGGUACUCUAAAAGCCAUAGCCCAGAGGUUAUCUUGGUUGGGCCUCUUCUACGCCAUUACCAACAGCAUCACAAUAUUCACAAGUGUACUAUUAAACACUGCCCAUUUUGUCCCAGAGGGCUCUGCAGCCCCGAAAAGCACCAUGGAGAGAUUUCUUACCCUUUUGCUUGCAAAAAAAGUAAUUGUUCUCACUGUGCUCUCUUGCUAUUGCACUUGUCUGCUGGGGUGACAGGUAGCCCACGAGUUAAACACCAGUGUGAUCAAUGCCCAUUCUCCUCUCCUGAUGUAGAUGUGCUCUUGCUUCACUAUGAGAAUGCCCAUGAAGGCCAGGCUUCUGAAGUCAAGCAGGAACCGAAUCACCAGCAAGCCAUUGAUGGACAGCUGACGGUCAAAGAAAGCAAGGAACACUCAUGCACCAAAUGUGACUUUAGCAGCCUGGGAGAAGAAGAUCUUUCCCGACACUACAGGAGGGUUCACAACUGCUACAAGUGUCGGCAGUGUAGCUUCACAGCAGCUGACACCCAGUCCCUUUUGGAUCACUUCAACUCUGCGCAUUGCCAGGAGUCUGAUAUCACUACAUCUAAUGGUGGAGAGGUCCAUGGGACACCUCCCAUCAAGGAAGAGCCAAAAACUGAGAUGAAGGUGUACAACCUUGUCACCCCAGAUUCUAAAAUGGGAGAAGCCAUAUAUGACAGCACUGUGAAGAAGGAAAAGCCAGAUGACAAGGACGUGCUCAGGGAGAAAGCUUGGUCUGAUGGUUCAGUAGAUGACCUUCAUAGUGUUGCCUGGAGAGGAUCAGACAUUCUGAGAAAAAGCCCUUCCUAUACUCAGAUAGGGCUGGGCCUUUUGACCACUGUGUCUGUCAACCAAGAGCAGCAGAAAUCCUCAAGAAAUAGCCCAAACGUUGAAGCUGCACAUCUAGCAAGACCUCUGUAUGGCUUGUCUGCCAAUGCCAAGGGAUUUCAAUGUACGACGGCUGGAGCUAGUGGAGAAAAAUCAGGACCGCUUACACCACAGUAUCUAGCUACAGGGGAUAGCAAGUCCAAGGAGGAAUCCCAGUCACUUCUUCGGGAAACCAUGAAGCCCCCCUCCCCACCCUUGCCACAGUGCCUCAGUGGUUACUGGGGCUAUGUUCUCUUCUUCCUUUCUGGAAUCCCCCAAGCGGUGGAACGCUAG